CACCUGUCUGAAGACGGCUUGUGAUGAAACAACACUGCCAUCAGGUGCUCACGAGUGGGACACCCAGAUUCUUACGCAAUCACACACCAGUUGAGGAUAAAAGUCACACCUACAGAAUGCUGUAGUCUGUCCAUAUCACUGACAUCUGGAAUGUGUUGAUUAGUUCCACACAAAACAGUCGAAAGGACGUUGAAGCUCAACUUUGCAUCAGUAUUUUCAGACUUCCACGUUGCAAAUGGACCACACAUUCAUUAUUUUCUGUACCAUACCGUGGAUGUCUGUUGUUAGACUUUCUUCGCCGUUCACUCAUUCCUGGGGAGUGGGUUCAUAGAAGUUGAAAUGUUUAUCCUUUUGCAUAUUGCCCCCCUUUCCUCACCCCUCCACUGGCACUACCGAGAAAUGGCAAUGUGCAAUAACUACCAGCAGUAGAUCUGAGAUCCUAUAACACUGUCCUCGAAUGGGUGUCAUCACUGCUUUCCCUCGUAACCAACUGUCUCCCACGAGUCUGCCAGCAUCCCCAAUUGGACUUGGGGGGCCCACAUGGUUUGGGGGAUGUUGGGAAACGCUUCCAGCAGACAGGAUUGCUCUUCACUUUCUACAGAUUGAUCCACAUCUCUAUCCUUCACGAGCAGAGAAGACAUCGCAUUCAUUUCUCAGCAGAAUAAGCCCCGCUCCCUAUCACAUGGAUAAACAGUCCACGGUGGUGUUUCGAAAUGUGGGACAGCUGUACUUCCCCCAAUCCAGAGUUGAGUGCCACUACAGUCUUACCGCUGAGCACCAGUGGAGCAGCGGGGACUGGAUAGGGAUUUUUGAGAUGGACUGUUCGUCAGUGAAGCAGUUCCACACGUACACGUGGGCUGUUGUUCCUGAAGGCUACACGAGGGGUUCAAGUGUCAACUGCUGUGCCCUUUUUCAGGCAUCGUACCUGCCCCGCCCCAGCGCUGUGGAGUAUCAGUUCAUAUACGUGGAUGCGAAGGGAGAGGUAUGUGCCCGAAGUCGCUCCUUCACCUUCCGUUCUCCCAAACCGCUGGAGGAGCUGGAGACCCUGAGAGAAGAGCAAGACGAGGAGGAUGGAGAGGAGGAGCUGCAGAUAGUCAUCCCCAGGGCUCAGCUGUUGCAGAGUCAGCUGGAGGAGUGCUUAAAAAAACAAGCCAAUCUACAGCAGGCUCUGGAUGAGGCAAAAGAGGAGAACGAGAACGAGAAAAAGAACAGCGACAAAGCAAAGGAGGAGUGGGAGCGUCACAGAGAAGCGAUGAAGGAGGAGCUCUCAGAGCUCACAGACAACAUGAGACUCAACUGUGAGAUGUUGAAGAAGAUGGAGGGAAAACACAAUGUGCAGGGAGGUCCUGCUUCCAGAUGUCUGAAUGUGAAAUAUAGUCAAGAAAAUCUGACGUAUGAACUGAGCCGACUCAUGGCUGAAAAAGCUGAGAGCCAGGAGCGAGUUCGAGACCUGGAGGAGACCAUAAAGGUCCUGAACGACAGGAAGAAAGAGGAAAACAGCGACCUGGAAAGGCUGAAGGAGAGAGUGAAGAAAAUGUCCAUUCAAAUGAACCAUGAUGAGGAAAAGAGAAAGUGUCUGCAGGUGGAGAACCAGUCUGUCCUGGCGGAGGUCCGGGGGCUGCAGGAGCGUCUGGAGGCCAGUGAGCAUGCAGCCGAGGGCCUGCGCAGGGAGCUGAGAGAGCUGGGAACCCGGCACGGCCAAACCAGCACUGAGCUGCAUCAGGCCCGGCUGCAAGCGGCCCAGCUAACCCUGCUGCUGUCUGAGGAGAACCUGGUCCUCAGGGAGGAGCGUGCCAACUGGGCUCUAGAGAGGGAGGCUUACAAACAUGCAGCAGAAAGGGAUUCCAAAAAGUUACAAGAACUGAGCUGUGAGGUGCAGAGGAAGGAGGAGUGGCUCCAGGAGGAGAGGACGGAGAGGGAGAAACUAGAAGUAAAGCUUGGGCAAGAGAGAGAUUGCAAUCAAGUGCUUAGGCGGGAGCUGCAGGAGCUGAAGGCCAGUGUGAAGACGGCCCAGAAAGAGAGAGAGGAGCAGCAGGUGGACAAACAGGACCCGAUGAACUACAUCCGGCAGUCAAAUGGUGAAAUUCCUACAUUCAGCUCUCCUGGCUCUUCCGCUGAGGAUGACGAAGAUGCCUCCUCAGCUUCCCCUAGUUCAAUCAGUUGGCCUGGCCGGUCCACUCAGCUGGAACAAGCCAAGCUCCUUUUGGCAGAGACACACAUCCAAAGCCAAGAGGACACAGCAGCCUCUGACUCACAGCGCUGUGAGCCCCCAGCUGCAGGAGGGAAGUUGCCGAUGCUUCUAGAACCUGUCGACCCCGUCCCGAGUGAGCUGGCCGACUCCCCCAUGUGGUAAACAAGAAGGAUAGACGACAAGCUGCUUGUUCACCCCUGCAAUCUUCAAGGUCAAUCUAUUGUUGUUUAGUAGCGGCCCGUGAAGAAGACCGCCUCCAGAACGGUCCUAUUUAUAGUCGAGCUUUUGACUCGUCAGUGUUUGUAUGUAGUUUGUAUACAAUUUGUAAGUGUCCUCAUUUGUGUUUAUUAUUACCGCAAAUGCUUAAGGAUUAAUGAAACUUUAAUUUUCAUAUGCAGAUGCCAGGUUUUCUAUAUUUUUAGCUAAUUAAAAUGUGAUCUGUUGUUUUGAGAAAAGCUUGGAGUUAAUAGCCUACAACUUGUUUUGUUGGCACAUCAGCCCAUAACCUCUGCAUGUGAGUGUGACUCCUGAAGCCUCAUCAAGUGUGGGUGGAGGCGUCUUACAUGCAAGUGUGAAAUAUAUACUGCUGCAGCACAGCGUCAGGCUGGUGGAAAAUCAAUGUUGAUUUACGAUACAUUUAUUAUUUGAUCUGGGCACGAGGUUCCUUAAUGAAAUGUGAUGUGGAAUACGUUGUCUUUUUUUAGCACAUUUCCAACUUGAGACUUUCCUUGUGAAGGUGUAAAGUGAACGCAAGAACACAACAACUGGAUGCUGAAAGGUUUUAGAACAAAAAGCGCUUUUAUCAAAAUACAAGAAAUACAAGAAUAAAAUAAGCAAAUAACAAGCAACAAAUAAGCAAAAAUCGAAAUGUAAAAACACACAGAUCAGCCCAGUUUUUGUUUUCUGUGUGUGUGUUUGCGUGUGUGUUUGGGUGUGUCAGCGCUAUUUUGCUAUUAAAGUCCAAUAAAAAUAAAAAUCGGAAUGUGUCUGAAUCCCUGAA